UUCAAACUUUUCGUGACAUCUCCCCAAAUUCGUGUUCGAACCUUCAGUUACCUCAUCAUUAAAUCAAUAAAAAAAUCUUUUUACCGAAAAACAUCAUGCAAAAAUAUGAAAAACUCGAGAAAAUUGGCGAAGGAACGUACGGCACGGUCUUCAAGGGACGCAACAGAGACACUCUCGAAAUCGUGGCAUUAAAACGCGUUCGUCUCGACGAAGAUGACGAAGGAGUUCCCUCAUCUGCACUCCGCGAAAUUUGUCUCUUGAAGGAGCUGAAACACAAAAAUAUCGUUCGCUUGUACGACGUUUUGCAUUCCGACAAGAAACUCACGCUCGUGUUCGAGCAUUGCGAUCAGGAUCUCAAAAAGUACUUUGACAGCUUGAAUGGCGACAUCGACAUGGAAGUCGUCAAAUCUUUCAUGUACCAACUUCUGAGGGGCUUGCAAUUCUGUCACAGUCACAACGUUUUGCAUCGCGAUCUAAAAAGUCAAAAUUUGCUCAUCAACAAGAACGGCGAACUGAAAUUGGCUGAUUUUGGACUUGCACGAGCGUUUGGGAUUCCCGUCAAAUGUUACAGUGCGGAAGUUGUCACACUUUGGUAUCGCCCUCCGGAUGUCUUGUUUGGAGCAAAAUUAUAUACAACGAGUAUCGAUUUAUGGUCAGCUGGAUGUAUUUUCGCGGAAAUGGCGAACGCAGGAAGACCCUUGUUUCCCGGUUCAGAUGUCGAUGAUCAGCUGAAGAGAAUUUUUAAGCUUUUGGGAACUCCAACGGAAGAAAGCUGGCCUGAACUCACACAAUUGCCCGAUUUUAAACCAUUCCCGCCAUAUCCCCCAACUAAUUCAUGGAAUCAAGUUGUGCCAAGGUUAAACACAAAAGGACGAGAUUUGCUGCAAAAAUUGCUGAUUUGUCGACCAAACUUACGAAUUAGUGCGGAAAAGGCAAUGGCGCAUCCGUACUUUACUGACAGCUAAAUAGUUUUUCUCACUUUUCUAAAAAAAAAAUUAAAAUAAUAAUAAAUAAUUUCCGUACCUUUA